AUGAACAACUGCGAGAACUUGGCAGUGGAGACAGCUGAUACCUGUCUGUUGUUGCGAGAUAACAUGGGCUGGUUGCAGGGUUUCCACUAUUACCGCAAAUCAUGCGAAUGCGGUGCUAGAACCAUGGUUUCGGCAUGGACUGGAGUUAAGCCUGUCGCAGCCGCCACCGCCGCCGCCUCCAACGCCUCGUCGAGCACCGGCUCUUCGGCCGCUAGCGGCACCACCGGCGCCACCUCCGGAGGCACCUCUGGAGGCACUUCCGGAGGCACCUCAGCGGGUACUACCACCGACGGCAGCUCCGGCGGCACUGAGGGCGGGUCGUCGGGCACCACCUCCCAGACCGACUCGAACGCCACCAGCGGCGGCGCCACCACGGCCUCCGUCGCCGCGUCUGGUAACGGCCAAGGCUCUCCCUCUGACACGAGUUCCGACAGCACGACCGCCGCUUCUGAUACCAACUCAGAUAGCGCUACCACCGGUCCCAGUGGCAAUACCAACCCAGACAGUGGUGCCGCCAAUACAGGUACCGGGGCCGACAGCACGACCGUCGCCCCAGGUACCGACUCGAACAGUGACACGACCACCUCCGAUACCAACACCAACUCGGGAGGCGGUACAGCUUCUGAUACCAACUCAGACGGCGGUACCACCUCCUCCGACACCAACUCUGACACCACAGCCCCCCCUUCCGACCCCUCCCCCACCACGACCAGCCCAGACAACGGCAAUCCCAACCCCAACCCACCUGGUACUGAUACCGAUACCAGCACGGAGAACCCCUCAAACGACACUGUCACCGGACCGACCUCGCUAAACUCGACUGGUGUUUUAAUCGUGUACACUCUGUACAGUAUAUGCGUGUGA